UCAUCCCUCAGAAAAAAUAUCCAUCAAUGAUUAACGGGUCUGGAUCAGUAAAAGGUUCUUAGCUGUUCUUCAGUAGUGACUGAAGUCCUGACACAAUGUGGUUGGUUUACUGCAGUUUUUCUUUUCUGGUUUGGCUUCCAGGAAUACUCUCUGCACAAGGAACACCACAGGUAUGCAGUGCUCCCAACCUGGAGAAUGGUUAUACCGUCCCCAUGAAGGCCUCCUACCAGCAAAAUGAAAAGAUCACUUACGCCUGUGAGGAUGGAUACAAACCUGCAGUGGAGGGCUGGUGGGCAGAAAGUACAUGCGGAAACGGCCAGUGGUCUCCUCUGCCACUGUGCAUCGAGAAGUCCGCCUGUAUUCCACCAACCGUAAUCAAUGAAAAAUAUGAAGAGGACUCAAAGCUUUGGUAUAAGAAUGGAGAUAAAAAAAGGAUCACAUGCAACGAAGGGUAUGACAACAAAGACUAUGUCGCCACGGCUCUUUGUGAACGUGGAAACUGGACCAUUGUGCCUGUGUGUGAGAAGAGCAAAGUAGCGUGCAGCGAACCACCUAAGAUUCCCUACGCGGUCAUCAUUAACCGAGAACACCAAGACGUGUUUCCUGUGAACAGCAAUGUGACGUAUCAGUGCAAAGAUGAUUAUGUGACAGAAGAGGGAGCGAAAAUUAAGUCUGUCUUUUGCACCUCUGGAAACUGGACUACAACCCCAACAUGCAUAUACUCCCCUGAAUCCAACAAAGGCAAUACAAAACCUCCCUUUGUGCCAGUUGAAAAUUGCGGAGAACUUCCAGUCGUUGAACAUGGAUUAGUUGAGGAAUCUGAAAAUUUGGCUUUGAGAGUCAGUUGUCAGAGGUUUUAUAAACUUGAUGGUCCAGAGAAAGUGGUGUGUUACAGCAGCAACAAGUGGUCAGAAGUUCCCGUCUGCAAAGUCAAUUACUGCGCUGUGGAUACUGCUGCAUAUGAGGACGUAAUACCUGAUGGAGUGAAAUAUGUAGUGAAUGGAGAGGAGAUAAAACUGUUAUGCAAAGAUAUCUUUCGCUUAGAAAACCAUCGUUAUGUGCGAUGCAGAAAUGGAAAAGCAACAGUAUCUGAAUGUUGUAACCGAUUUCAGAGAACCCACGGGACCCGUUGCAGAGCCUGAAUGAAAGAGAAGAAGAAGAAACGGUUGCCUUUCGGAUUUCAGGAUGGGCUGAAAACAGAUACAAACAUUUGUAAAACCCACAAGUCGAAAAUGUUUGCAGCUUUCUGCCUUAAUUAUAGUUUUGUAUUGUUCUUUGUUGGUCUACAGCAGCAAAUAUGAAAAACUAAACCAACUCAAAGAAGCUGCAUUUGCUUUAAUAAGAUUUUCAUUUGAGGUUUCAGAACAGAGAAAACUGAAAUGGUUGUUUUUGAUUUGCUAUUUCUAUUAUUCUGUAACUGGUUCCAACUUGUUGGAAAGCAGAAAAUAAGAUGGUCAACAGUUAUUCUGUAUGGAGAACUAAAUUGGACUUAAUGAAAUAAAUAUAUCCAUCCAUC